AUGGCGUCCAAGGCGAUGUGGGAAGUAGACCCGGAGACGCGAUCCAAGCUGGCCGCGAUCCAAAAAGAAUCCAAGAACAAUGUCUGCUGCGAUUGCAACGCCCCGUCCCCGCAGUGGGCUUCGCCCAAGUUUGGCGUCUUCAUCUGUCUGUCCUGCGCGGGCGUCCACCGCGGCCUGGGCGUGCACAUUUCCUUUGUGCGGAGCAUCUCGAUGGAUGCGUUCAAAGCAAGCGAGAUCGAGCGCAUGCGGCUGGGCGGCAACGACAACUGGCGCACCUUUUUCGACGAGCACGACGAUACGCAGAUGCGCGGCAUCUCGUGGGACGACGCCACGAUUGCGGAGCGCUACAGCGGCGAGGUCGGCGAGGAGUACAAGGAGCGACUGACUUGCAAGGUCGAGGGUAAGGACUACGUCCCGGGCGAGAAGAAGCCAGCGCCGGCGCCGGCGGUCGCCAAGGCACCCAUAUCAGGCUCGGCCACGUCGCGCGCGGGCACGCCGCUGAGCGGCACCGCCCACAGAAACGGCAGCCGCAGCCAGAGUCCGGCGCAGACCGGCAGCGGCAAGGUCAAAGUGGACGACAAGUACUUUGCCAAGCUUGGCGCGGAUAAUGCCUCGCGGCCCGACGACCUGCCCCCAAACCAGGGCGGCAAGUACGCUGGGUUUGGCAACAUGCCGGCGUCGAGCAAGAGAGACGACUACAGUACAUUGCCCAGAUUAAACGAUCUGCAGCAGGAUCCGUGGGGUGCAUUCUCAACUGGUCUUGGCUGGUUCGCGUCCACCGUGACCAAGACGGCCAAGACGGUCAACGACGGAUACAUUCAGCCCACUGCCACCAAGUUUGCCGAAGGCGACUUUGCCAAGCAAGCACAGCUUACGGCGUCGCAGCUUGCCAAGCAGGCGCAGGCGGCUGGCAAGAACGCCCAGGAGGGAUUCAACCGGUUCGUCGAGGGCGGCAACGAGUCUCAUUCGGGAAGACGCCAAGUGCCACUUGACGAGAGCAAAGCGGACUUUUGGGACUCGUUUUCGAGCCUGGCCGACCAGAAGCAGCAGAAGCCGCAGAAGAACAGCUCCAUUGGCACAAGCGCCAUGGGUGUGGGCAAGAAGGGCAGCGCGGCGCCCGCGGCACAGAAGAAGAAUGAUGAAUGGGACGACUGGUAA